CUCAUUCUCACCCAACAUUCCAAGACGGUGUCCCGGUGUAUUUUGAAGUCGUACCUUGACGUUUGUUGAUGUCUAAAUUGUCGUUUACAUGCACGUACGAGCACCAUGUAAGUGUUGGGCAAUAGCAUAACGUUUUAUUCGUGUAAUCUGACCGAAAUGUGAUUGCUAUGCAAGACGUUAAGUUCAGGACAGCGCAGGAACUGGCGAACGGUCUUGUCGUCGUGGGACGACAAAUAAUUUUUCCUCAGGACCACUUCUUCUGCACAACAAAGAAAGUGCGGCGAAUCGGGAGGUAAUGAGCUCUUCUCAAGUGGGACAACCGCAGCUGAGGCCGAGCACCGUCGCCUGCGGUCAGGAUGAAACGGCGAUUUCUGAGGAAAAGUUAGCGGCGGGGGAAGGAGGAAGGGGUCUAGCGGAGGGGAGGGCUAGCUCGGCUCGACUCCCGGCCAACAACAACACACCGCCGAGCGCCACGGAAGGUUGCACCGCUGGCUCGGGACUUCUGCCUCCUAUCUCCGCCACAACUAGCAAGGUGAUGGAGACAGAAGAGCAGAGGAAAACACACCGGCCUUUUGCCAAGAUCAGCAACUUUCUCAGCGCCCUGCGGACACGUGGGGGGAAGGAAGGGGAGGAAAAAUCAGUCAGAAAAGGUUCUGGAAGAAGACGUUAUGUGGGUAACCUGCCGCCCAUCCAACCCCCUCCUACACCAUGUCCCGCACAACUCACUGCUCCCCCCACCACCCCAGUAAGGACGUCACCCACACAGCAACAACAGCAGCAGCAAAGUCCUGCAAAAUCACCUCAACCCAUCGUCAUCAGGAAAACACUACAGGAGUUCAAGGAUGAUGCUGCCCAAGCCCACUCUUCUGGCAGCUUCAAAACCCUUCAGGAAUUUUACUCCACUUCCUUCGACUCUUUCUACCAGCUUGUUGGGGCUUUUCAGGAGGAAAGUUCGAUAACAAGAAACCCUACAGAACACCCAGGGGUGACUGUCCAACUCCUGGAUGCUGUUUAUAGUGAACUUAUGGAAUUGCCACAAGAUAUUCAAAAGGUUGUUCUCAGGGGAAUAGUAAACAGCCUUCUUCAAAAAGAUAUUAAAGGCCCCAGAAGCUACAAUGACUUGCGAGCUUACUUCAUACUGAUACAGAACCCCCAGUUCAGCCAUGUGAAGACUUACGUCAUCUUUGCCCACCUGAUCAGACACCUGGCGCACCUGGAGGACAGGGAACACCAGGUGCUGGUCGGCUGGAUGAGAAGGUAAUACUCCAGAUUGCCUGCUGUUCAAUUCCGUGACAUCGUUGACCGCCUGCUCCAGUUCAUCUCAGUACGGCUGUUCCCCCCGAAGCAGGACGAGCUGCCUCCCCUCACCAAAUGUGGCUGGUGGAUUCCCUCCGCCACCAAAGUCCUGGCUCUCUUCAAUGCUGCUAACAACAUUUGUGUGCCGAUGAAGAUUCCCCACUCCCACUUCUACAACAGUGCCUUGGACCACAUAGACCUGAUGGCAGAGUACAUGGCCUGGCAAAACCCUGCCACACACCCAGGGUUUUCGUUUUGCCAGUACCCCUACAUCCUCAGUAUAGCAGCCAAAAGAAAAAUCUUACAGAGAGACUCUGAACACCAAAUGAUCAUGAAUGCUAGGAGGAGUCUUGUACAGAAGGUGCAGAGGAGACAGAUGCCAGACAUGGGCAUGUUAUUCCUCAACCUGAACGUCAGGAGGUCCCAGCUGGUCUCAGACUCUGUCAAUGAGAUCAUGCAGAAAAGAGGAGACCUCAAGAAGAAACUGAAGGUGAAUUUUGUGGGAGAGCCGGGGCUGGACAUGGGGGGCCUCACCAAGGAGUGGUUCCUUCUCCUGCUUAAACAGAUCUUCCAGCCAGAAUACGGGAUGUUCACGUAUGAUGACAAGGCCCACUGUUACUGGUUCAGCAGUAUCAAAGUGGACAACUACUCAGAGUUUCAUCUGGUUGGAGUUUUGAUGGGCCUUGCUGUGUACAACAGCAUCAUCCUGGACAUGCGUUUCCCACCCUGCUGCUACAAGAAGCUGCUGUCCCCCGCUGUCGUGCCGUACGGGAACCCUCGCGCUCGCGUCGGCCUCGUUAGUCUCAGUGUGGACGACCUGCAGCAGACCAUGCCGGACCUCGCUCGUGGUUUGAAGGAGCUGCUUGAGUAUGAAGGCAACGUGGAGGAAGAUCUCUGCAUGACAUUCCAGGUUUCAAGAACAGAGUUUGGAAUUGUUAGAACAAUGAACUUGAAGCCUGGAGGGGACAAGAUACCGGUUACAAAUGAAAACAGGGCAGAGUUUGUACAGUCCUACGUCAACUGGAUUUUGAAUGAGUCCAUCUACCACCAGUUCAGUGCUUUCUAUUAUGGUUUCCACGGUGUCUGUGCCUCCAAUGCACUAUUGCUCCUGCGGCCAGAGGAGGUGGAGACCCUGGUGUGUGGGUCUCCAGAACUGGACAUGUUUGCCCUGAUGAGGGUCACAGAGUACGAGGGCUACUCCAGAAAUGACCCAACCAUCAAGGCGUUCUGGGAGGUUGUGCUGUUCAUGCCGGAGCCUCUGCAGAAGAAGUUCCUGCUGUUCUGUACCGGCAGCGACCGGAUUCCUGUCGGAGGGAUGGCCGAGAUGGUCUUCAAGAUCGUCAGGAUUAACUCCUCCCUCAACAUGUUGCCGAUUGCCCACACUUGUUUCAACCAGCUGUGCCUUCCUCCCUACAAGAGCAAGAAACAUCUGGCCCAGAAACUCCUCAUCGCCAUUCAGAACGCUGAAGGGUUCGGCCUGGAGUGAGGGACACAAGAGUCCUUAAGGAGGGGGGGGGGGGCAGAUGCAGUGCUUGUAUUAAGCCACUGUAGUGUAGUGAGGCACAGGAAGGUGAACUUUAAUUGCAUC